GGAGGGGGUCGCUCUCCCCUGCGCAGCCCUCGCGGCUGUGCGUCUUCACGCGCGCCUUCCCUAUUCUUUUCUUUUAGGACAGACCAAGGCCAAGUGGCGCUCGGCGGGCACUACAUGGCAGAGGGCGAAGGGUACUUUGCCAUGGCCGAGGACGAACUGUCUGGAGGCCCCUACAUCCCCCUGGGCGGCGACUUCGGCGGCGGCGAUUUUGGCGGCGGUGGCAGUUUAGCUGGGCACUGCUUGGAUUACUGCGAAAGCUCUACCGCGCACUGCAACGUGCUGAACUGGGAGCAAGUGCAGCGGCUGGACGGCAUCCUGAGCGAGACCAUCCCGAUCCACGGGCGCGGCAACUUCCCCACGCUGGAGCUGCAGCCCAGCCUCAUCGUUAAGGUAGUCCGGCGGCGUCUGGCCGAGAAGCACAUCAGCGUUCGAGACGUGCGCCUCAACGGCUCGGCCGCUAGCCAUGUCCUGCACCAGGACAGCGGCCUGGGCUACAAAGACCUGGACCUCAUCUUCUGCGCGGACCUGCGCGGGGAAGAAGAGUUUCAGACUGUGAAGGACGUCGUGCUGGACUGUCUGUUGGACUUCUUACCCGAAGGAGUGAACAAGGAGAAGAUUACACCACUGACACUCAAGGAAGCUUAUGUGCAGAAAAUGGUUAAAGUGUGCAAUGACUCUGACCGGUGGAGUCUUAUAUCCCUGUCAAACAACAGUGGCAAAAAUGUGGAACUGAAAUUUGUGGAUUCCCUCCGGAGGCAGUUUGAAUUCAGUGUAGAUUCUUUUCAAAUCAAAUUAGACUCUCUCCUCCUCUUUUACGAAUGUUCAGAGAACCCAAUGACUGAAACAUUUCACCCCACAAUUAUCGGUGAGAGUGUCUAUGGCGAUUUCCAUGAAGCUUUUGAUCACCUUUGUAACAAGAUCAUUGCCACCAGGAACCCAGAGGAAAUUAGAGGGGGAGGCCUGCUUAAGUACUGCAACCUCUUAGUGAGGGGCUUUAGGCCAGCCUCUGAUGAGAUCAAGACUCUCCAGAGGUAUAUGUGUUCCAGGUUUUUCAUCGAUUUCUCAGACAUUGGAGAGCAGCAGAGAAAACUGGAGUCUUAUUUGCAGAACCACUUCGUGGGAUUGGAAGACCGCAAGUAUGAUUAUCUCAUGACCUUACACGGAGUGGUGAAUGAGAGCACAGUAUGCCUGAUGGGACAUGAAAGAAGACAAACUUUAAACCUUAUCACCAUGCUGGCUAUCCGGGUGCUAGCUGACCAGAAUGUUAUCCCUAAUGUGGCUAAUGUCACAUGUUAUUACCAACCAGCUCCCUAUGUAGCAGAUGCUAACUUUAGCAAUUACUACAUUGCACAAGUUCAGCCAGUAUUCACAUGCCAGCAGCAGACAUACUCAACUUGGCUACCCUGCAAUUAACAAUCAUUUAAAAAUGUCCUGGCGGGAAGCCAUUUCAGACAAAAUAGGAAAAAAGAAAAAAGAAAAAAAAAAAGGAGUAAUGCAGCCCUAAUUAGGGAUGUGUUUUGUGCAAUGAUGAUUUGCUCUUGGUUUUAAGCUUGGCAAAGCUUAUGGAUCUUUUCAUUGGUAUGGGAGCAUGAUCUAUAAAUCAUCACCCCCUUUAACUCUCCCCUUGUCUUACUUAAUUGGAUUCUACCUUGAAACAAAAGAGACCUGUCAUUUAAAGCAUCCAGGUUCUCUUAAAAUGCUUCAUGACAAUAUGGGUUUGCAGAAACUGCUCCCAUAGCUUUGCCAUGGUGGGAAAAAAUGGUUGAAAAACUUGUAAGGUGAAUUCACAAAAGUGAAAAUACAGAGGAAAAAGGUCUUACCCCUUCUUGUUUAUUAGUUCAGGAGUUCAAAUAGUAACAAUACAGGAAGAAGGGAAUUCCAACAUCAGGAUUAUUGUCUAAGGCCUGUAGCAAUUGCUUUUCUGUAGAAGGAUCUUGUGGGGCUAACAGAAACAGCUUGUUCCAAGUGAACAGUAGUAGGUUGAUGCAGUUUGCAUAACAAACAGCAGAACUUGUGAUGACACAAUUUAUUAAUUUCAGCUACGUACAAUAGCUCGCAUUUUUAAAAAUAUAAAAUGCAAGCAAAAACAGCUGUAGCGAAGAAAAUAUGCUCAAGGACCAAAGAUUUAAACAGAUGAAAAUACCCAAGUACAGAGAUACAGAAUAUAGUUAUUAUAUUUGUUACACUCCAGUAUACAUCAAAGUGCCUGUUGCUUUCUGAAAAUUUGAAGUGAAAAAAUUGUUUUAUGGUUUAAUAAUAAUUUUAUUUUAUCAGGGACUCAGAAGAAAAUAAAACAACAUAUAAGCUUGUGAAUGGUGGAGGAGGUGCCCUAUUUUUUCUUGUCAAAUACCUGUAUAAAGUUGACUUUAUUGGUCUGAUGUUAUCAUAGGUACAUGUGUGUUCUGUGUGUGCAUAUGCAUACAUGUUGUAUAUGCAUAUAUGCACACUACAUUGAUCUAGAACAGUGUAUCACAUAGGAAAUGUUUCAAUAUUGUGUGCUUUUAUGUUUAGGAUGACAUGAAACGUGGGCAUAUUGCAAUGAUGAAUUAAAACCCACAUCUAAAAAAAAAAAAGCAAACGGGGAGAAACAAAUAAUAUAUUUGAUAAGAAGAGCAGAGAUUAUACAUUUUUUGUGAGGUUUUGGGUUUUUUGUUUUAUUUUUGUGAGCCAGAAAAUCCCACAAAUGACAGAAUGUUUGGCAGAACUUAUUUUUUUAAAUAUUUGAACUGCCAUCUUGACAGUUUGAGCCCAUUUUUUUCUUUUUUUAAAUAAUUGCAUGCCUCUAUGGUAUGUAAUCUUGUGGCUCAUGAACCAUUAGUAGGCUACCUAAAUCCCUAACUGCUAAUAAUAAUUUCUGGUGAUCUGAACACUACUUAUAAAUAUUUAAAUGAAUUUUUAAUUAAAUGCAUUCUGCAUUUGAGGACCACUAGAAUUUAGUAAAUGUGAAAUGACCCUUUUUAAAGAGUAUU